AUGCUCAUUCUCCUCCUCACCGCUCUAAUUUUCCUGGCCGCCGUCCUGACGACAGUCGUUUGGAUGCUGUUUGAGAUGCGACCCGCGCGGAGACAAAAGUGGCGUGACGAUGCGACGCGAUUGCGGAAGCACGACGAGACGGACGACAAGAUUGCCCGCCAGAGCUUCGAGGAGACGAAAUAUUUGCGAAGAUACUCCGAGUUGAACCCUCAAGCGACGCGGCGGCACUCGUUCAAUGAAGAAGAGGAU